AUGCAAGCACCUUUAACUGUUCCUUGUGAGGAAACAAAACCCGGCCCAACCUCCAAAGCCAGCUCUUCAUUCCCAGGCGCCGGGGACGCCAGCACCGCCGGACCCGCCCGCCGACGUGCCAGGGCCCCGGCGCCCAGGGAGCUCGCCCGGAGGACCUCGAGGCGGGGCCGCCCGGCGCGGGGAGCUGGGAGCCCCGAGGACCGCGAGGCGGGGCCGCCCGGCGCGGGGAGCUGGGAGCCCGGAGGCGGCGAGCUCCCCGCGCGGUUGUCCAGGACCCAAAGCCGCGCUGCCCCCACCGGACCUGAGCGCUUCCCUCCAGGACCCGCAACUUCCUCGGGCCGCCCAGCCAAGCCGGGAGCCCGCGCCCUAGGCACCCCUACCUGCAGGGCCAGCCUCUCCGGACCCGGGCACCGAGCUCUUCGUGGAGAUGCUGCCGCCGCCCUCCCCCUCCCCCCCGUGCUUCGGCGCGCCCUGCUGGCCUGCUCCUGGAGUGGGACCAGGCUUCGGUGGAAACACGCCUCCUCCCUGAAGGUGGCCAAUGAGCCCAUCUUGGCGUUCACCAAGGGCAGCCCCGAGCGAGAGGCACCGCAGAAGGCCUUGAAGGACCUGAAGGGCCGGACGGAAGCCAUCCCGUGCGUGGUGGGGGACGAGGAGGUGUGGACCUCGGAUGUGCAGUACCAGGUGUCGCCCUUUAACCAUGGACACAAGGUGGCCAAGUUUUGCUAUGCAGACAAGGCCCUGCUCCACAAAGCCAUUGAGGCCGCGCUGGCCGCCAGGAAGGAGCGGGACCUGAAGCCCGUCACAGACCGGGCCCAGAUCUUCCUGAAGGCAGCAGACACGCUGAGCGGGCCGCGCAGGGCAGAGGUCCUUGCCAAGACCACGGUGGGACAGGGUAAGACAGUGAUCCAAGCGGAGAUGGACGCGGCGGCCGAGCUGAUCGGCUUCUUCCGAUUCAACGCCAAGUUUGCCGUGGAGCUGGAGGGGGAGCAGCCCAUCAGCGUGCCGCCCAGCACCAACCGCGUGGUGAACCGGGGGCUGGAGGGCUUCGUGGCGGCCAUCUCCCCUUUUAACUUCACUGCGAUCGGCGGCAACCUGGCGGGGGCGCGCCUUUGGAAGCCCAGCGACACGGCCAUGCUGGCCAGCUACGCCGUCUACCGCAUCCUCCGGGAGGCUGGCCUGCCCCCCAACAUCAUCCAGUUUGUGCCAGCAGACGGGCCCACAUUUGGGGACGCUAUUACCAGCUCAGAGCACCUGUGCGGCAUCAACUUCACAGGCAGCGCGCCCACCUUUAAAAACCUGUGGAAGCAGGGAGCCCAGAACCUGGGUCGUUUUCGCGCCUUCCCACGCCUGGCCGGAGAGUGCGGUGGGGAGAACUUCCACUUGGUGCACCGCUCAGCAGACGUGGACAGCGUGGUGAGCGGGACCCUGCGCUCAGCCUUCGAGUACAGCGGCCAGAGGUGCUCAGCCUGCUCCCGCCUCUACGUGGUGCCUCACUCGCUGCGGCCUCAGAUCAAAAAGCGGCUGCCGGAGGAGCACAGCAGGAUCAAAGUGGGCGACCCUGCGGAAGAUUUCGGGACCACCUUCUCUGCAGUGAUUGGUGCCAAGUCCUUUGGUCGCACCAAGAAGUGGCUGGAUCACGCCCGCUCCUCGCCCAGCCUCACCGUCCUGGCGGGCGGCAAGUGUGACGACUCUGUGGGCUACUUCGUGGAGCCCUGCAUUGUGGAGAGCAAGGACCCUCAGGAGCCCAUCACGAAGGAGGAGAUCUUCGGGCCUGUGCUGACCGUGUACGUCUACCCAGAGGACAAGUACCGGGAGACACUGCGGCUGGUGGACAGCACUACCAGCUACGGCCUCACGGGGGCAGUGUUCGCCCAGGAUAAGGACGUUGUCCUGGAGGCCACCGAGAUGCUGAGGAAGGCUGCCGGCAACUUCUACAAGUCCACUGGCUCGGUGGUGGGCCAGCAGCCCUUUGGGGGGGGGGGGGGGGCCCGAGCCUCCGGAACCAAUGACAAGCCCGGGGGGCCCCACUACAUCCUGCGGUGGACGUCGCCCCAGGUCAUCAAGGAGACCCACAAACCUCUGGGGGACGGGUGCUACUCGUACAUGCAAUGAGCCCGCUCGGCGCCUCUGCCGUCCACCUGUCUGUCCCUCCAGGUGACUGACCUCGGUGCACUGGGCCCACCCAGCCCCUCCCCCCUGCUCCCCGUGGGGCGGCCCCUUUUCUAGAGCCAAGGGCUGGCCCCCAGCCCCCCACUGGCCCGUAUCCUGGCCUGUCCCACAUCUCGGGGUCAGGCGCCCAGCCCUGGUUCGAUCCUGCUGGGAGGGGACAGGCGUGCUGCUGCUCAUCCCAUCCGCCGUCCUAGGAAGUACAUCUCAGAGGCUGACCUUGGUGCCGGCUGGCUCGCCAUCUUUUCUCCUCUGUCUUCUGCACUGUGGCCAGUGGUUUAGCAGGGCUGGGGAACGUCUGGCCCAAGGGCCAUACAAGGCCCACAAAAUCAUUUGGUCUGGCCCUGCCAAAGCAUUAGGGGUGAGUUAAUUAAAUGUUUGG